GAGUACGGAGUAGUGGCCGUUGGUUGGGAUGAGUACGGAGUAGUGGCCGUUGGUUGGGAUGAGUACGGAGUAGUGGCCGUUGGUUGGGAUGAGUACGGAGUAGUGGCCGUUGGUUGGGAUGAGUACGGAGUAGUGGCCGUUGGUUGGGAUAGGAGUACGGAGUAGUGGCCGGGUUGGUUGGGAUGAGUACGGAGUAGUGGCCGUUGGUUGGGAUGAGUACGGAGUAGUGGCCAUUGGUUUGAGGCAGUUAGGACAAAUCAUUAGUGAGCUUUAGUAGGGCAGUUUCAGUGGACAUUAGAGAGGGAGAGAUUGAAGAUGUG